GCUUAGAAGAUUUUAUACGUUUUGCUCUGUGGAAUAAUCUUCAUCAAUUAACGUAUUUUUUUGUGACUUUUGAAGAAUGUAUAUGAUUUGUUUAAAGCACAUAAAGGCUUCAUAAUUCAUAAAGGUCAUGUUAGCUGACUCCUAUUAUCUCAUAUACAAAAAUAAGUCUAAAAUCUCCAAAACCUGUGUUAACCUCGGACCUUAUUUUCGGCGUUUAUUCCUAAACCCUAUUCUCUCCACAUUCAUUUUCGCCAUAGGGAUGGCUGAACGAAUCAGACGUAACUCAUUUCCGGGUUGUAGAACUACAAAAGAAGGGUAAUGGUUCGAAGGGUUACGUUUUUGUCAGAAUUGACUUUUUGAAGCAGGUUUAGGAGAAUUGACGCAGCAGGUUAGGAGUGACAGGUUAGGAGAAUUAGGAAAAUAUUAGGAAAGGGUUAGCUAAAAUGCAAAAAUAAAUAAAUGCUUUUGACCUGAAUUGACAAAAGCUGGAUCCCAUCUAGAGAAAACACUCGCGAGUCAUCUAUCUCGUCACCUGGAAGUAACUAUGUCCUGCGACAACCAGCAAGGAGACCAGUCGGCCUUGAAGAAGAGAAUAUGUGACUUUUUAAAGGUGAAGAAACAAGGAUCCACUGCCCUCCAGAUAGCUAAGGCUGUUGGACUGAAGAAGGCCAAGGAUGUAAACAGUGUCCUGUACGCUUUAAACAAAGCUGGACUUCUUUAUGCAACCACAGACAAACCACCAGUCUGGUCUGUGGAGAAACCAGGGGCGGCGUCAGUCUCUGUGAGUGUUCCAGAGUCAGAUCGGGUGCCUAGUCCUUCUGAGACCCCUGGCAACACAUUGGAGGAACUGAGGAGGGUGCUGAUGUCACAGAGUGAUGGAAGAGCGAUGAGUGUGCAAGAAAUUGCCAGAGAAUUGGGCCAAACACGAAAAUUUGUGAAUAAGAAUCUUUAUGACCUGCAAAGUAGCGGCAAGGCAGAAAAAUUGGGAGAGAAAAUGUGGAAAAUGAAGGAUGAAGCAAGCUGUGGAGUAGAGCUUAUUGAAUACCAGAGUUAUGAUCAAGAUAUUUCCAUCAGACUGACUGAACGUUCCAGGUUUUCCAAAGAUUUCAAAUUAUUGAGUGUUCUGGGUGCAGGAGGCUUUGGGUGUGUCACUAAAGCCCAGCACAAAUUGGAUGGAAAAACGUACGCUGUGAAGAUUGUGAAGAAUAUGGGAGAAGCAAAUCGUGAAGUGAAAGCACUGGCUACCUUGGAACAUUCGAACAUUGUUCGCUACUAUACGACUUGGCCUGAGGAUGCCAAUUGGGUCGAUGGGGGCUACAGCACAGAGUCAUCGGUCCAGUCUAAAAUCUCAGAAGACUCUGACAAUUAUUCAGACCAGGGAGAUGGAUCUACACAUGUAACAAAGCAAUCAGAUUUAGACCUUUCUGAAACAGCCAGCGAAGACCAAGCAAACCACUCGAUGACCGAUUCCAGCUCAAGAAAUGGAGACUGGCCUUGUUUGUUCAUUCAGAUGGAGUUCUGUGAGGGAGGGACGCUGAAGGACUGGAUUAGCAAAAAUAAUGUUAGAACGAAGGACAAGGCACAUGGAAUAUUUCAGCAAAUAGUUUGUGGAGUGGAUUACAUCCACUCUGAAGGACUUAUUCACAGAGACUUAAAGCCAGAGAACAUAUUGUUUGGAAGUGAUGGCAUGGUGAAGAUUGGAGACUUUGGUCUUGUGACCACGAUCACCACUCUGAGUGGAGCAUCAAUGUACAGGACUGUCAACAAAGGAACACCAUUUUACAUGAGCCCUGAGCAGAAGACUGGGGGGAAAUAUGAUGAGAAAACGGAUAUAUUCUCUCUGGGACUGAUAUGGUUUGAACUCCUGUGGCACAUGUCCACUGUCUCAGAGAAGAUCAAGGUGUUCCAGAGCCUGCAGACAAGGACAUUUCCUUCUGACUUCCGUGAGAAGUUUAUCUUAGAGCAUAAACUCAUCACUAAAAUGCUGUCAGAGUCGCCAGCAAACCGACAAAACGCAGAAGAGAUUGCUGCGAUCCUGAAAAGAGACCUGCUCGGAAACCAAACUGGAUUACAACAGAAAACUGUAUGAAAUGUUGCAGGGUAGUGGCUUGAAAUGCUUUGGGGAAAACACUGAUGUCUGCAUAGAACACCUGCAUUGCUUGCUGUUUGGGGUUUUAGGCUGGGUUUCUGUACAGCACUUUGAGAUAUCAGCUGAUGUACGAAGGGCUUUAUAAAUACAUUUGAUUUGAAUUGAUAGAAGACACGUUCUCUUCAAGACAGAGCGCAUAGUGAUGAUGUCAUGCCUCAACUGAAGCAGUGAACUGGGAGGGAUCUCCUUUUUUAACCAUACUGUAUUUCUCAGGAACAUUUUGGCACUUAUCUUUUCACUUUUGUUUCUGCUGUACGGUUUCUUUUUGAAAGUUGAUUACACGGAAUAGAGGGUAAAUAUGAAUAUUAUGUGUAGGAAAAAUGUUUGGGUCCACCACAUAUUUCUAAUGCAGAACCCACGGUGUUCUUAUUAUAUGUUUCUAACCAGGUAAGACACAUUUUUAAGUCAAAAAAACUAUUUUCAAGGGCGACCUGGCAAGAAGUCAAAACAGGGAAAUAGCAGCGUGUCCAUAAAACAUGACAGAAAAAUACAGAAUAAACACAAAAGACAAAGUGUCACAAGUUAAAGAUUCAAUUGAAGAUUAGAAACAACUGUAUUGGUCACAAACGGUGUUGUCGAUCAGAGUCUUAAAAACAGACAAGGACACUAACUCCCCUAACUUUACAAUCUUUUGAAGCAUGUUCAAAGAUGAAGGGGAAUUGUGGGGUUUCUCCAUCUCAGUUCUAGCCUGCGGAACAGACAAGGACAGCAGCGAUUGUGAACGAAGACUGUAUUGAGCGACUGAUCUGGUUAGUAAUCACAUGCAUGGAGUUGAAAUUAUGUCCAUUUUAUUGUGAUCAUUUCUACUUUAAAAAACUUUCUACUAGGGCACAUUGACAGAAUCAUGGAGUUUAUUUAAAAGUAAAUGAACACAUUGAAUGUUGUUACAGGGAGAUGGGCACUCAUAUGGUUUCUUCCAAAUGUGGCAAAUCUUCACAACUUGUGCUUUAAAAAAAAUAUAUAUAUAAUUAACGUGAUUUCGAAUGAAAUGUUAGACGCAUACUGUAUAAAGAGCUUAUGAAAUAAAUGUCCAACGCCAAUGUUGUUCAGUUUUUUUUUUUUUCUGUAUACUAUUAAGACCAUAAAGCCCGUACCUCGAUGUCUAGAAGAGAUGUAUACUUUGUAACACAUGGGGGCAGUCUCGGUCUAGUUGUUAAAUGGCAGUUUACAGUGUUUUCAGAAAGUAUUCCUACCCCUUGACAUAUAGCAUAUUCUGCGACGUUACAGCCUGCAUUCAAAAUGGAUUAAAUAUUUUUUUAUCUACACACAAUACCCCAUCAUGACAAAGUGAAAACAUGUUUCUAGAAAUGUUUGCUAAUAAAUUGCAAAAUGAAAUAUCUAAUUGACAUAAGAAUUCACAGCCCUGAGUCAAUACAUUUUAGAAGCACCUUGGGCAACGAUUACAGCUGUGAGUCUCAGCUUCCAAUUGAUCAGACGUAUGUAGCGUUUACCGUGAAUUCAGUCUCCGCGAUACGGAUGACUCGAGCUUUUAGCAGUCCCUUCAAGAUUUUGCGGGGAUUGUUGGUGAUAUUUGGUGAAAAAUUAUUGACUUUGCGGCGGCAAUUCUGACAUUUUGCAUGGCAGUAUGCAAUAAUUUUGUCACAAAUGCGAUGACGAGGGGGAAAGUUGUUGACGUGUGGCUUGAUUCAACCAGGUGACGUGGUAAAUGCGGUGAUUGGUUGAAAUUGUGAGCCUUGUUUUUUGUACUGCGGUGAUGGGUCUGUUUUAUGCAAUAAUAAUGCGAUGAUUUAACUGUUUUAUGCAAAAAAAAAGUGGGUGAUUGGUCAAAUAUGCAUGUCCUUGCAUAAUAUGCAGGAAAUUGUUGAUUUACUCCUCUCAAACUUGGUGUUAAUUUAAUAAAGCUUUGGUGAUUUUAAUAUUUAUUU